AACCUGGAGACCACUACCUUCCGACAGGAUCCCCAUAUCGACGCCGCGCUUAGCACGGACGCCCGAUCCACAUGCGCGCACGCAGGUUGGAGCUCCCAGCGACGGCAGUUUCAACCACCCGGCCUCCAAGUUGCUGGAUUACAGGCGCACGCCGCUACGCCCAGCCGUUCAGCGAUGUCAGCUCUUUUGCACUUACACGCUCCUCUCGCAACUCUUCUCACUCUCAGCCUCAACAGACGUGUACUUAUGAUGAUCAAAAUAUUACUAGCACCUAAAACUGGCUGA